GAUUAGAAUAUAACCAAAGUGGCAUGCUGAAUUCGCCAUAAUCAAGGAACCUCUUUCCGGGUGGGGAACUUCAGGAAUUACUCAGUGAGCAACCCUAAUUAACCUGAUUUUUUGGUGAUAAUCACUCUCAAUGGAAUCAAAUCACAAAUCCGGGGAUGGAUUGAGCGGCACCCAGAAGGAAGCAGCCCUCCGCGCACUGGUCCAGCGCACAGGAUAUAGCUUGGUCCAGGAAAAUGGACAAAGAAAAUAUGGUGGUCCUCCACCAGGCUGGGAUGCUGCACCCCCAGAAAGGGGCUGUGAGAUUUUUAUUGGAAAACUUCCCCGGGACCUUUUUGAGGAUGAACUCAUUCCAUUGUGUGAAAAAAUUGGUAAAAUUUAUGAAAUGAGAAUGAUGAUGGAUUUUAAUGGCAACAAUAGAGGCUAUGCAUUUGUAACAUUCUCAAAUAAGCAGGAAGCCAAGAACGCAAUCAAGCAACUUAAUAAUUAUGAAAUUAGGAAAGGGCGUCUCCUGGGAGUCUGUGCUAGCGUGGACAAUUGCCGACUGUUUGUGGGAGGAAUCCCCAAAACCAAAAAGAGGGAAGAAAUCUUAUCAGAGAUGAAAAAGGUCACAGAAGGAGUUGUUGAUGUCAUCGUCUACCCCAGCGCCGCAGAUAAAACCAAAAACCGGGGAUUUGCCUUUGUGGAAUAUGAGAGUCACCGCGCAGCCGCCAUGGCAAGGAGGAGGCUGCUGCCAGGAAGAAUUCAGCUGUGGGGACAUCCUAUUGCAGUAGACUGGGCAGAGCCAGAAGUCGAAGUUGAUGAAGACACGAUGUCUUCAGUGAAAAUCCUGUACGUAAGGAACCUUAUGCUGUCUACCUCGGAAGAGAUGAUUGAGAAAGAAUUCAACAGUAUUAAGCCAGGAGCUGUGGAGCGGGUGAAGAAGAUCCGGGACUACGCUUUCGUGCAUUUCAGUACCCGAGAAGAUGCAGUUGAAGCUAUGAAAGCUUUAAAUGGCAAGGUGCUGGAUGGUUCCCCGAUUGAGGUGACCUUGGCCAAGCCAGUGGACAAGGACAGUUAUGUUAGGUACACCCGGGGCACAGGUGGCAGGAACACCAUGCUGCAAGGUGAAUACACCUACCCUCUGGGCCAUGUUUACGACCCCACCACAGCCUACCUUGGAGCUCCUGUCUUCUAUACCCCCCAAGCCUAUGCGGCCAUUCCAAGUCUUCAUUUCCCAGCAACCAAAGGACAUCUCAGCAACAGGGCCCUCAUCCGGGCCCCUUCUGUCAGAGAAAUUUACAUGAAUGUCCCUGUAGGGGCCGCGGGAGUGAGAGGACUGGGCGGCCGUGGGUAUUUGGCAUACACAGGCCUGGGCCGCGGAUACCAGGUCAAAGCAGACAAGCGAGAAGCCAAACUCUAUGACCUUCUGCCUGGGAUGGAACUCACCCCGAUGAAUCCUGUCUCUCUAAAACCACAAGGGAUUAAACUUGCUCCUCAGAUACUAGAAGACAUCUGUCAGAAAAAUAACUGGGGACAGCCAGUGUACCAACUGCAUUCUGCCAUUGGACAAGACCAAAGACAAUUAUUCCUAUACAAAGUAACUAUCCCAGCACUGGCCAGCCAGAAUCCUGCAAUCCACCCGUUCACACCUCCGAAGCUAAGUGCCUACGUGGAUGAAGCAAAGACGUAUGCCGCAGAGCACACGCUACAGACCUUAGGCAUCCCCACAGAAGGAGGGGACGCCGCGACUACAGCAGCCACAGCCGCAUCCGCCACUGUGUUCCCAGGCUAUGCUGUCCCCGGUGCCACUGCCCCUGUGUCUGCAGCUCAACUCAAGCAAGCAGUAACACUUGGACAAGACUUAGCGGCAUAUACAGCCUAUGAGGUCUACCCUACUUUUGCAGUGACUACCCGAGGAGACGCGUAUGGAGCCUUCUGAAGAUUUCUUUCCUCUAAGAAUAAGACUCCCAGAAUGUUCGGUAGAUGAUACGAACCUCGAACCAGAUCCCCUUGUGGUCAUAAGUCAUAACUUCCCCAAAGCAAUGCCUUUCCUGAGACGACAUGACUUACUGUAUUACUCAUGAAAUGUGAAUCUUAUUCCUCAACAAAAUCAAAUCUAAGGAGCCUUUUGCUUAAAAGAAAUAUGAAGAGCCACUACCAGCAAAAGUUAUUCUUCCAAAGAUCCUGAGUGUCUCAGGAAGGUGAUAAAAACCCUAACAAAUUAGUGUAAGCUCUCUUAGUACCAGGAACUGGGGCCCAGGAUGAGCUAGGCAGUCAGCAGCAAGGCGCAGACAGGAAAACUCGUGUCUCAGUCACUGGCUCAGAGCUGAAGCCGCACUCACGAAAUCAAGAGACCAUAGGAAAGCAGGAGGCUUUGUAAGAGGUAUUCACCAUCGCCUACGGGGUAAGCCCAGUCCUAAGCUCAUGAAAACUGAAAUGGUAUAGAUUUCAUUAUCACUUUUGGUCUAGAAAUUCUCUCCCUUCAAUAUGUCAAAGAUCAGCAUCUUCCUAUACCUGCAGCCUCCAGGACUUCCUAGAAAUCAAUAUGGUGUGUUUCAGAUAUGCUUGAGACAAUCUAAGCCCUGUAUUUAUUCAACACCAUAAACCACUCUUUUGCUUCAAAAUCCCUGUCCUGCCCAAGGCUGCUCGAACCAUAGAAGCUAUGCCAACACCAAGAACUAUAGUGAAAAACGACUUUUUCUCAUCUGGAAAUCCUUACAUGUCCAUACUGUUUUCUGUGAUCCCAGACUCAUUUUGCUAAACUCAAACACUGGUAAAGUAAAUCAGAUCUACGUAAUACACUAUGAUAUUUUCAUAAUCAGAAACUGGCCAAAAAGUCCUUUCAAAGACAAAAGGGAACUUGGUUUGCUUUCCUCACUCUGUAGCCCAGGCUGACCUCAAAUUUGUGAGCCUCCUUUCUCUCCCAUCCCUGUGCUGAGAGAGUUGAUGCACAACACCACACCCAGCUCCAGACAGUUAUGUUAACUUGAGGUUAACGUUGAAUUCUCUACCUAGUUCAUAUUAAAUCCACCAAGCAACAGUGUCCUUCCAUUCUUUUGAUCUUCUUUCAAUAUGUGCAGAACAGCUGGGGAAGAAAGGAGAGAGAGCAUGCAAGUGCUUAAGCUUGGGAGUGGGCGGAGCUUGUCUCUUAAAGGGACCUUUGCACCUGCAUAUAGUCAGGGAACUGGUUGCCAUAUGCUGAGGGGUGAUUGUGCCAGGUUCCCAAAGAGCACCAGGAUACUUACAAUGGUUGCUAAGAGACCAUCCUUUCAGAGUUUAGUAAAAGUGCUAUUUGCCAAAAUGUUCCUGAAUAUUCAGAACAUCUGACAGUGAUGUGAUGGGGGUGAUAGAGUCAGAGAUGGAGAGUAAAAGGAUGUGAGGCGUUGGUACAGAAUAUAUAUGUUCAAAACAGAAAGUCAAAAUCCAGUACUGAAUCCAAACACUACUCCCAUUUCAUUAGCGAUUUAGGGGACAUAGCACUAGAAUUUCCAUUUUAAAAAAAAUGGCUCACAUGAAAGUCUGUGGAACUCAAGGGUAAGCCAACACAAAGGUGCAGAAAAUAUUGUCAACUCCUUAAUGGAAUUCUGGAAUCUAAAAUCAAGACAGAUUCCAUUCAGAGCCAAGGCAAUGUCAAUCAUGGUUGAAUGUCUCAGAACCUUCAGGUUCUAGGAAUUCCAGCAGGGCAUCUAAAGCCAAGACCCGCCCGCUGAAACUCUGGAAGGCUCUGGAUUUUCUGGUUUAUACUUUCUUCCUCGGAUCAUUGUGUCACUGAGCAUAGGGACACCUGAAUUUGGUGGCACAUCCAAAAUACCUGAAGGGUCACAUGUCAAUUAGGUGAGAGUGUCAUGGGUUCAGGCCUGACCUCUGCCUCCCUGGGGCUCAUCUGUGUACUAUGGAGCAGACAGAUGGAAUGACUUUUGGGGUGGGUGGCUAUUACUUUGUUAUAGCAACAUAUAGAGAAUAUUUUAAAUUCCAUUAGGAUAUAUUUAUAGAAAGCGUCCAUGUAUUGCUACCCUGAUAGGCCAAGUUUGGGUGUAAUGAGCUUGGAUCAAGAGAGAAAAUGGAUUGUCGUUUUGGGUGGAGGUGUUGUUAUUGGACUUUAGUUGUUUUAUGUUAUUGUUGUUGUUGUUGUUUUCCUUUUCUUUCUUUUUUUUUAAACAGUUUUAGGACAGACUCUAUUCAUGCAGCUCAGGCUAACCUCAAACACUUCAGUCUCCUGGCUUUGGCUGGCACCACAGGCUUGCACUACCACACCUGUCUCAAAGAUAAGCUUGGAAAAGAUCAAGUAUCAAACCAAAGGCUAGUUUUGCAUAUCAUUUAUACUUUAGGUUAGUAAAUAAGCAAUAACACUGCCUGCCUUUCUGACUUCUAAUCCAUUUUCCUGGUUCAUCCCUGUAUACUUCUUAGUUCUUCGUAGAAAAAAACCUUCAAAUCAGCAGGGCAACCAAAUAAAACAGGCAAAAGACCCUGAACUAAAUCAUUUUGAAAAAAUCUAACAAAUUAGCGUUUGGUUUUUAAAAGUCUGGCAAGUAAUAGGGUGUUGAUAAAAUCUGCUGGAUGUUACUUGGAAUAGAGUAAAUGGAACCAGGUGAAACGGAGCCUCUCUUUGCCCCCUGUCAACUGCUCUCCAUUCUGUUUUUCCAUCCCACACCCUCAGUAAAUCAAGAGGAGCAACAGCUACUGCAGUAAACAGAAACUGUCCUAGAGGACUUAAGGUGUGUCCUGAAGUCUACACAAGAUACUGCCAAACAGACUUCUCAAAAUGUGGCUGGCAAACUACCUCAUCUAAGAAAACAGUAACAUCGAAAAAUAUCCAAAAAGGAGGGUCAUAAGUUGCUACAUAAUAUAAAGGUUUUUAUUUUUUUUUCAGUCACAUAGAACAGCAAAAUGCUUUAUCUAUAGUUUUCCGUUUGUAUUAAUUUUCAAGACAUCCUGCUGUUCAGAGGGCAGGCACAGCUUGGAUUAACCAGCUCAGUGGCUAACUGGUGCAGGACCACAGUGAUCUAAAGGAAUGAAUGCAUCACCUCUCUGGCCAGUUGUCUGAGAGCCACCCUCCCUCUAUGGAUCCCUCUCACCCGCUUGUUUCUGAGCCCCAUUUUCCUCUCCCUCUCCCCGGACUGUGGACCUGAGUCCCACCUUCAAAUGGCAGAACCGGCACACCUAGGCCAGGCUGGACAUGGGGACAAGAUAAAAGAUGGCUCUUGGGAAUGUUUUCUUACCCUGCCAAGAUUCACAGGGUGCCAGAAGAGUCUCAGAGCUUUUGUUGAUUCCUUCUUUCCCUCAAUUAAGCUAAUUAUACCUCAAACUAGAGAGUUUCCUGUGUAAAUGUUUUCAUCUUCCUUUUCCCCUCUGCUUCAGGAAUGUUCCCGAACACAAUUUGCUUUGCAUCCAACUUCAACUCAUCCUGUUGCUUUUCAGCUUCCUCUCCAAACUCUUCCCCUUUUCCUAUACAAGGCUUCAUGACUUUGUAAUGGAAAAUAGCAUCAACUGGUUAUGUUCGUGAAACUCUUGUCCUCUGUCUAUUGCCUUUACCAAUGCUGAGAAUUUUACGAGCUGUGCUGGCUGACUCACCUGUUCAUUCAUGACAGAUGUGAUCUCUAUUUGCUGUGCUCUUUGUUUGCUAUGCACCCACCCCUCCUCCAGAAACAAUGAAUGCAAACACGCAAGUUUCUGCUCCUCUCUGCAGUGGGCAAACAAUUGGGGGCCCAUUGUGCAGUUUUCAAAAUUGAACAUGACUGGAUAAGUUAGUAGUUUCUGCCACUUGAUCAGAAUCCCCAAAAUAAGCCAGUUCUACCCUGAACCCUUACGCUUCCAGCAGUCCCACCCAAUCUGAGCAAUUGAUUGCUUUUUUUUUUAAGUCAAAUGAGUUUUCAAGUAUUUCUCCCCAGAAAAGUAUCAAAAACUAUACAAAAGUAGACAACAAAGGUUUAGCUCCUGGAAAACUUUUAAGUAUGGCUGUGAGGGAUGUACAAAGUGAUCGACAGUGCCCAUCAAUUGGCACCAGGCUUCAUUACUUGAAAGCAUUUUGGACAUUAAGUAUUUUUAUUUUCUAAGUUAUUAGUGUUCUAAAAUUCAAAUAUCUAUUUAACAAGCCACAUCUUCAUGUUUUGCAUUAAAUGAUUUGCAACACAGUCUUUGUACCUUUCGCAAAUACACAAUUUUAUUUUGAAACUUGUUAUUUUAAUUCCUAGGAGAUAUUUGGGAGCUCAAACUGCAAAUAUGUCUAUUUAAAUCAAUCAUCAUUAUCUUGGUUUAAAUAUUUAAUCACUGGUAAUUUUAGUGCAUUCCCUUGUAGAAAUCUCUUUUUUAAAUGGAGUUUCAUGGCUGCAAUAUAGUCAGAUAUUAUCUUCUCUUAUCUUUUAGUGAAAAGGAAGCUAAGAGCAAACUGUACCUCCAUUUUUCAGGUGUUAACAAUCCCCUGCUUCUUUUCAUUUUAUUGUUAUUUAUAUGGAUUUAUCUAGAGUACCAAAAGAAAGAUAAAUUUUAAAAAACAGUAUUAAAGAGUAUGCAUAAAGCACUUAUUUUUGUACUUUGAGUACAAUGUUUUAUAGAGCUAAAUGAUAUAACUAGUAUGGUAAAAUUAUAUCAUUCUCCUAUUUGGAAAAUGAUCAUUGCUUUGGAAAAUACAAAUAUACUGGUCACCUUAGAAUCAUAAAUCAAUGAAAAUGAGAAAUGAUGCAAUUUCAUGGAAUUUCAGAAUGGUGAUAUGGCUUUAAUUGAAUUUUUCAGUAACAUAAUAAAGUUUUAAUAAUUAUCAA